GGCCGGGGGCCGGGAGCCGAGGGUCGGGCAAGGCCCGCCGUCCCUUUCGCCGCUCGGGGCUCCCUGGGCCCGGCGGGGGCUUCAGCAUGUCCUGUGGGCGUGACGGCCCCAGCAGCAACUACCCCUUGCACGCCUUGGUCUGGAACAAUGACUACCGGCAGCUGGAGAAGGAGCUGGACGGCCAGAAUGUGGAAGCCCUGGACCCCCGAGGCCGGACCUUACUGCACCUUGCUGUCUCCCUGGGCCACUUGGAGUCUGCCAGAGUCUUACUCCGACAUAAAGCAGAUGUCACGAAAGAAAAUCGCCAGGGAUGGACAGUUUUACACGAGGCGGUGAGUACUGGAGACCCGGAGAUGGUGUACACCAUUCUUCAGCAUCGUGAUUACCACAACACGUCAAUGGCACUGGAAGGUGUUCCCGAACUGCUCCAGAAGAUCCUUGCGGCACCUGAUUUUUAUGUUCAGAUGAAAUGGGAAUUCACUAGUUGGGUGCCAUUGGUUUCUAGGAUAUGUCCCAAUGACGUCUGUCGCAUUUGGAAAAGUGGGGCCAAACUUCGUGUUGAUAUUACAUUAUUGGGCUUUGAAAACAUGAGCUGGAUAAGAGGAAGACGUAGUUUUAUUUUUAAGGGAGAGGAUAGCUGGGCGGAGCUGAUGGAGGUUAAUCAUGAUGACAAAGUCGUCACGACCGAACAUUUUGAUCUCUCUCAAGAAAUGGAACGCCUGACGUUGGAUUCCAUGAAACCCAAAGGGAGGGAGGUGGAGAGACGGCUCACGUCUCCAGUCAUCAAUACCAGCCUGGAGACUAGAAACAUUGCUUUUGAAAGAACUAAAUCCGGAUUCUGGGGCUGGAGGACAGAUAAAGCAGAAGUUGUUAAUGGUUACGAAGCAAAGGUGUACACGGUAAACAACGUAAGUGUGAUAACCAAAAUACGAACAGAACAUUUGACAGAGGAAGAAAAAAAGAGAUAUAAAGCUGACAGGAAUCCAUUGGAAUCUUUGCUGGGGACUGUGGAACACCAGUUUGGUGCUCAGGGGGACCUCACUACGGAGUGUGCAACAGCAAAUAACCCCACGGCCAUCACACCUGAGGAGUAUUUCAAUGAAGAGUUUGAUCUGAAGGACCGAGACAUAGGGCGACCGAAGGAACUUACAAUCAGAACCCAAAAGUUUAAAGCCAUGCUUUGGAUGUGUGAAGAGUUCCCCUUGUCUCUGGUGGAGCAGGUCAUUCCCAUCAUUGACCUCAUGGCCAGAACCAGCGCCCAUUUUGCUAGACUGAGAGAUUUCAUCACUCUCGAGUUCCCACCCGGAUUUCCCGUCAAAAUCGAAAUUCCAUUGUUCCAUGUCUUGAAUGCCCGGAUUACAUUUGGAAACGUCAAUGGUUGUAGCACAGCUGAAGAACCUGCUGCACAAAGCACAGACGGGGGCCACGCUGAGCCAGCUUCCUCGGUCUCUAACUUUGAGGUCGAUCAGUCUGUGUUUGAAAUCCCCGAAUCAUACCACGUCCAAGAUAAUGGCAGAAACAUGCACUUGCAGGAUGAAGAUUAUGAAAUCAUGCAGUUUGCCAUUCAGCAGAGCUUGUUGGAAUCCAGCAGGAGUCAGGAUGCUUCAGGCCUGCCUUCAAAUGGGGGACUCUCCAGUGCACACAUCUACGACUCACAAUAUGAAAGGGCCAUUCAGGAGAGUCUGCUCACUAGUUCCAAUGGUCUCCAGGCCAGUGCCGUGGAGGAGGCCAGGAAUUUUGACACUGACUUGCAGCUUGCCAUGGAAUUAUCUGCCAAAGAGCUGGAAGAGCGGGAGUUGCGGCUCCAGGAGGAGGAGGCCGAGCUGCAGCAGGUCUUACAGCUGUCUCUCACUGAGAAGUAGACCCCUCCUGCCCCCUCCAGCAGCAGGGGCCCGCACCUGAGCCCAGCUCCCCUGGAAGUUGGUUGCUGCAGCCACCUCCUUGCUGGUGGGCUCCGGGGUGCAGCUUCCAGUGGGCCGUUGUCUGAGGUGGGGUCGGGGUGGGGCAGAGCUGCUACAUGGCAUCUCUGGACUCAUACCCUCAGCCCCUGUGGGCUGGUGCUGGCUCACAGGGUCACCUCUGCUAAAACCGAACCUAACCAAAAACCCUGCCAAGGUCUGUAGGCUCCUGUUUAUCAAAGAACGAUGGAAAGAUACUGCUGCAGUCAAGGUGCUUUCGUGUGUGUGUGUGCUUUUGCUUGUACGUGUUACACGCACACGCACACACACUACGUUGAUGUGAAAGCAGAACGUGGUUUGUGAGGAGUCCAAAGAAGCUUCUCCCGGCUCACCAAAGAAAUGGGUCCUUGCAGAUCUCCUUGUUUUUAUGGGCAUUCCAAACCACCUGCAAGUGGGAUUUCUGGGUCUCCCGGACAUUUGCUCUGCCCACAUUCCUGGGUAAUGUUCAAGAGGAGAAAUGAGUGGCAUCUCUGAGACUGUGAACUCUGCAUCAGGUUUGGAUCUGUGUCUGACCAUGACAGCAGCCUUCCCCUUCCCAUGGUCUGCCAGUCUGCUGUGGAGGGAGGGGCAGCUGAACCUGAAAAGGCAAUUCCCACCAGAGUGAGGUCACCAUUUGGUCAGCAUGUCCCCUAACCCUCCACCCCCGCGGGGGCGCCCCUUGAAAUCUUUAGCUUUGGCAGUUCACCUGUUGCAUAUGGAGGAUUAGGGCAGCCUGAAACCAAAAUAAGAAAGCUUCCAUGGAACGUGCUGUCUCUAGGGAAGGAAACAUACACCAAAGUACAUUGAGAAGUCCCAGCUGGGCCAUGUUCUUGAGGGAAAGGAAUGGAAUUGUAACUAGGAGGUCAGCUUGGUGUUGACUAAUGGCUCUCAAGCAGCCCAAAGGGAAAGUUCUAAUUGCUUUUUACAGUUCAAAUCCACAUCUUUCUGGAUAUAUAUUUUUUUAACAGACUCUUUUUAUUACUUUUGAAAAAAAUAAAAGAAAAAUCUACUCCCACCAGUAGCAAUACAAGUAUAUAUUUUAACCAGGUUUUCUCAGGCCUUUUUUAAUACCUUUAGUGAUUUAACUAUUUUGUCUAACCCUUCUGUAAAUACCCCCCUCACCAUAUAGAGAGCACCGUUGAACAUAAACAGCUACACUCCACGCCGCAGGCCAUGUGUCUGUUCCCGCAGGGAUUCCUUUCAGCGUGGAAAUAACUUUAUGGGCCAUCUCAGCCACGUGGGCCUUGUGUGGACGUGGCUGCCAUUCUGACAAGUGGCCUGGGAGAUGGAGGGGAGGUGGUUGGUUGGGAUAAUUUCAGGAUCAUCCCUUUAAGGUUGCUGGUGAAAUGUUUCUAGUCAUAUAGGACAAUGUUUUUAAUGCCUUAUAAUCACCUACUUUUUUGUGUAAUUGUCCAAUUAAAAUUCCUUCUAUGCACAACAAA